AUGAAAAUAUUUAUUUAUAACGUCACAAAUUUCGAAGAUGUUAAAAAUGGAUUCAAACCGAUAUUGAUGAAAAUCGGUCCAUACGUUUAUAAAGAAAAAAAUGAAAAAAUUUUCCUAACGGGAAAAUCAUUAAAAGAAAAUUGCGACACGUUAAAUUACAAAAUAAAAAAUACGAUAAAAUUUAAUAAUAAAGAAUCGGGAAAUUUAACGGAAACGGAUGUUAUAAUAACCGUUAACAUACCACACGUCGUUCUUUCCCUACUAUCGGGAAGAAAUACGGAAUCGGAUUUCAUAGAGAUCGAUACGGGAUUGUCGGAUUAUAAAAUGGCGGGAAAAAUAUUGAGUGUGAAUAAUUUUAACGUCACGUCAAAUAAAUUUUUGGAAAAUUUAAGCGACGGUUUUAAAUUUACAAUUCCGUUAAAUGAAAAAAAUUUAUUGAAUGUUUUACAAAGGGAUGCUUGCAGAUACGUUCCGACGGAAAACUCUUUUAAAUUUUACCAUGAUGAUGAUAAUGAUAAUAAUAACGAUACGGAAAAUGAUUUUUUCCAAAUUUUUCCAUGUCAUUUACGUUUGUUAUUCGAAGCGGGAAAAUUAUUGGAAAAUUUUAAUUUAGAACGUGACGAAUUGGAAAAUUCACACCGAAUGGAUUUAAAUUCGUUUGCAGGUUUUUUCAUAACGCCUUCGUUUCCACAUCGUAACUUCGAUGGUAUUAACGUAAAGGUGAAAAAUUAUUUGAAAAAAAAUGAAGUCGAUGCUUACUACGACGUGGAACCAGAUUUUGGUUUGACGAUGAAAAAAUUCGUGAGAAUACAAUUUAAUUUAGAAAUUAAGGAAAAUGUGGAAAACGUUAAAUCAAAACGUGAAUUUCCCACUGUUAUGGACGGAGAAAAAUUAACGGCAUCGAAUGAUAUUGAAAAAAGUUUCCCGUAA